UGUGAGACCCAAGGCUGGCAGGGAAGAGGCGUGACCAAGAUUCGCGAAGUGUUGAAGUUCCUUGCUGUAGUAUCUGUGGGCACGUCCAGGCUAACAGUUUAAGUUCCUUGACUAACACCUUAUUCCUGCCUCCGGGAAUAAAGGGGAAACUGAGUCCUGAAUGGACUUGGCCAUCUCCAGCAGCUCGCGUGACAUUCGCAGCCGUGGCAGGUAAAACGAUUGCUGUAUCAAAUCGCUGAAGCAAUAGCUACACUAUCUUUUGUCUUUUAUACUGCAUCAACAAUGAAGCAAUGAUAUCUGAGAACCGAAGAACAUUUGCCAGCUGUUAUCACAAUUUCAAGUGACUGUAUAAGCAGAGACAAGCUGUCCACUAGUAUAGACAGAAUGCCUUUUUCUGAUGCUGUUUAUUUAAAAGCAGUUUUAGUAUAGUGCAUUGAAAUUAUAUGUAUAUCAAAUGAACUAAAAAUGAGUGAAGCCCCCAGAUUCUUUGUUGGGCCUGAAGAUACAGAAAUAAACCCUGGAAAUUAUCGACAUUUCUUCCACCAUGCAGAUGAAGAUGAGGAGGAGGAGGAGGAGUCUCCACCAGAAAGGCAGAUCGUGGUUGGAAUAUGUUCCAUGGCAAAGAAAUCCAAAUCCAAACCAAUGAAGGAAAUUCUUGAACGGAUCUCCUUAUUUAAAUACAUCACAGUAGUAGUUUUUGAAGAGGACGUUAUUUUGAAUGAACCAGUGGAAAACUGGCCUUUAUGUGAUUGUCUUAUUUCUUUCCAUUCUAAAGGAUUUCCACUGGACAAAGCAGUUGCCUAUGCAAAACUCAGGAAUCCAUUUGUAAUCAAUGACUUGAAUAUGCAGUAUCUCAUACAAGAUAGGAGAGAAGUAUAUAGUAUUCUUCAAGCUGAAGGUAUUUUACUUCCUCGUUAUGCAAUUUUGAACCGUGACCCAAAUAAUCCCAAAGAAUGCAAUCUGAUUGAAGGGGAAGAUCAUGUAGAAGUAAAUGGGGAAGUUUUCCAAAAGCCAUUUGUAGAAAAGCCAGUCAGUGCAGAAGAUCACAACGUUUACAUUUAUUAUCCAACAUCUGCUGGUGGUGGAAGUCAAAGACUUUUUCGAAAGAUUGGCAGUAGGAGUAGUGUUUAUUCCCCAGAAAGCAAUGUACGAAAAACAGGCUCAUACAUAUAUGAAGAGUUUAUGCCUACAGAUGGUACUGAUGUAAAGGUUUAUACAGUGGGUCCAGAUUAUGCCCAUGCUGAAGCUCGAAAAUCUCCAGCACUUGAUGGCAAAGUGGAGCGAGAUAGUGAAGGAAAAGAAGUAAGAUACCCUGUUAUUCUCAAUGCACGAGAGAAAUUAAUUGCUUGGAAAGUCUGCCUUGCAUUUAAGCAAACAGUUUGUGGCUUUGAUUUAUUACGGGCCAAUGGACAAUCCUAUGUCUGUGAUGUUAAUGGCUUCAGUUUUGUGAAAAAUUCCAUGAAGUAUUAUGAUGAUUGUGCAAAAAUACUUGGCAAUACUGUAAUGCGAGAGCUUGCCCCACAAUUUCAUAUCCCCUGGUCAAUACCCUUAGAAGCUGAAGAUAUACCAAUUGUACCAACGACGUCUGGAACUAUGAUGGAACUUAGAUGUGUCAUAGCUGUUAUACGUCACGGGGAUCGAACACCAAAACAAAAAAUGAAAAUGGAAGUCAGGCAUCAAAAAUUUUUUGAUCUUUUUGAAAAGUGUGAUGGGUAUAAAUCUGGGAAAUUAAAACUCAAAAAGCCAAAACAACUACAGGAAGUACUAGAUAUUGCACGACAACUUCUUAUGGAGCUGGGGCAAAAUAAUGAUUCUGAAAUUGAAGAAAACAAGCCAAAACUUGAACAACUUAAAACUGUACUAGAGAUGUAUGGCCAUUUUUCUGGAAUAAAUCGAAAGGUCCAGUUAACCUAUCUGCCUCAUGGUUGUCCUAAAACAUCUAGCGAAGAGGAAGACAACCGAAGAGAAGAACCAUCCUUACUUCUGGUUCUGAAAUGGGGAGGAGAACUAACCCCUGCAGGCAGGGUCCAGGCGGAAGAACUUGGAAGAGCUUUCAGGUGUAUGUAUCCUGGAGGUCAAGGAGAUUAUGCAGGAUUUCCUGGUUGUGGUUUACUUAGGUUACAUAGUACCUAUCGACAUGACCUCAAAAUUUAUGCCUCUGAUGAAGGACGAGUCCAGAUGACUGCAGCUGCUUUUGCAAAGGGGCUAUUAGCUCUAGAAGGAGAGCUUACACCCAUUCUUGUUCAGAUGGUAAAAAGUGCAAAUAUGAAUGGUCUUUUGGAUAGUGAUAGUGACUCUUUGAGCAGUUGUCAGCAGCGUGUGAAAGCAAGACUUCAUGAAAUACUUCAGAAGGAUAGAGAUUUUACUACUGAAGAUUAUGAAAAGCUUACUCCAUCUGGAAGCAUUUCUCUUAUCAAAUCAAUGCAUUUAAUUAAAAAUCCUGUGAAGACCUGCGACAAAGUUUAUUCUUUGAUACAAAGUUUGACUUCUCAAAUAAGACAUAGAAUGGAGGAACCCAAAUCAUCAGAUAUUCAGCUUUACCAUAGUGAAACAUUAGAGCUUAUGUUGCGUAGAUGGUCCAAGUUGGAGAAAGACUUUAAAACAAAGAAUGGAAGAUAUGAUAUUAGUAAAAUCCCUGACAUAUAUGACUGUAUAAAAUAUGAUGUCCAGCAUAAUGUUUCCUUGAAAUUAGAAAACACAAUGGAAUUAUAUAGGCUUUCAAAGGCAUUGGCAGAUAUUGUUAUCCCUCAGGAAUAUGGUAUAACUAAAGCUGAAAAACUGGAGAUUGCAAAAGGGUACUGCACUCCUCUAGUCAGAAAGAUCCGCUCAGACCUUCAGAGAACACAAGAUGAUGACACUGUAAAUAAACUCCAUCCUGUGUAUUCCAGAGGUGUUCUGUCGCCUGAACGUCAUGUCCGUACCAGAUUAUAUUUCACUAGCGAAAGUCAUGUGCAUUCUCUACUAUCCAUUCUUCGCUAUGGUGCCUUAUGUGAUGAAUCAAAGGAUGAACAGUGGAAACGAGCUAUGGAUUAUUUAAAUGUUGUCAAUGAACUCAAUUACAUGACUCAGAUUGUUAUCAUGCUUUAUGAAGAUCCUAACAAGGAUCUUUCCUCAGAAGAACGCUUUCAUGUUGAAUUGCACUUUAGUCCAGGAGCCAAAGGAUGUGAAGAAGACAAAAAUUUACCAUCUGGCUAUGGAUAUAGGCCAGCUUCAAGAGAGAGUGAAGGCAGGAGAUCUUUUAAAAUUGAUAGUGAUGAUGAGCCACAUGCUUCUAAAAAAGAUGAGACUGAUCGAGCUGUGAUUUUGUUCAAACCUAUGGUGUCAGAGCCAAUUCAUAUACACAGGAAGUCUCCACUUCCAAGAUCUAGAAAGAUGGCUACAAACGAAGUAAAUUGUUCAAGUAAAACCUUGAAGACUUUUUCCAGCGUCCACCAUCUUCAUGGAUAUCAGAAGUUUGUACUUCCAAAAGACACACAGAGAAAAAGACUAUUCUCUUCAUUUUGUGAAGAGAGCCCCCUGAGUGUGUCUAGCCCAGAGGGUACUGGUACCUGGCUGCAUUAUACCAGUGGUGUGGGUACUGGGCGUCGAAGACGCAGAUCAGGGGAACAAAUCACUUCUUCCCCUGUCUCCCCCAAAUCAUUGGCUUUCACAUCCAGUAUUUUUGGCUCAUGGCAACAGGUUGUGUCUGAAAAUGCUAAUUACCUGCGAACACCAAGAACUCUUGUGGAACAGAAGCAGAACCCUACUGUAGGGUCUCACUGUGCGGGCCUGUUUAGCACCUCAGUGCUCGGGGGUUCUUCAAGCGCACCUAACCUACAGGAUUAUGCUCGUACUCAUCGUAAAAAGCUGACCUCUUCUGGCUGCAUAGAUGACGCCACACGCGGUUCUGCUGUUAAAAGGUUUUCUAUCUCAUUUGCUCGACACCCAACCAAUGGCUUUGAGUUGUAUUCCAUGGUGCCAUCUAUUUGUCCCUUAGAAACUCUUCACAAUGCCCUGUCUUUAAAGCAGGUGGAUGAAUUUCUUGCUUCGAUUGCUUCUCCAUCAAGUGAAGUUCCACGGAUGACUCCUGAAAUUUCCUCUACAGCUUCACGUUCUAGUCCAGUAAUGAGAAGAAAAGUAUCUUUAAAUACAUAUACACCUGCAAAGAUCCUCCCAACACCACCAGCUACCUUAAAGAAUACUAAAGCAAGCAGUAAACCAGCUACCAGUGGACCUUCUAAUACAGUUGUUCCUAAUACCUCAUCUCGGAAAAAGAAUAUAACUAGCAAAACAGAAAUGCAUGAACACAAAAAACCCACUGGGAAAAAGAAAUGAAAUCUCAGCAGAAGUUGGAACUCCUCGUACUUAUAAAAAUCACAUGUUCAAUAGAAAAAGACACAUAAUUAACCCUGAUUGAAAAAUGUCAAGGCAAAUAAUUUAUGUUUCUCCUUAUUCAUCUCCGUAUUCAUUUAAAUGUAUGUUAAAUCUAGAGUUCUUUGUUUAUAUUCAGUUAAGGAACUAUUGUCAUGGUCUGGAAAUGUUUAAAGCGAUGUUUAUUAGCAUUUUAUGAGUAGCAAAACUUAGUGAUAAAGAUCUAUCAUUCUUAAUAUUAUGUUUACCACGUGCCUAUGGUAAAGUAAAGGAAUAUAAAGCCCAGCUAGCCUGUACCAAUGUCACACCAGUAAUGCUGUUUACUAAAGAAUCCAUGAGUCGGCCUCUGUGCACACUUUUGUUUUUACAGGAUUGCAUCUUGGCUGAAAUUUAACAGUCACAAGUACAUACUGUGGACUUUCUAAAAGCAUUAUUUCCAAAGAGAUUUCAUUGUCCAUUUAGAUUAGAAACUUUUCCCCUCAAUUGUUACAAUUACAUAUAUGCUGCAAUAUUUAAUAACUGGAGUAUUAGCAUAUAGGUUAUUUUUUCAAUCUGUGCUUUAAAUUUUUUUAUUCUGUUAUUUAAGAUAUUACAUAUACAGCUGGGAAAACUAUACCUUUAUGCACAUAAAUUUGUAUAUUAAUUUGUAGAAUAUAUUUUCUUUAUAUAUUUCCUUACCAUAAGGUGCUUUUGUUCAUCAGGAAAAUUUUGCUUCAUAUAUUGGCCAGAAAGACCUCUUUAGAGUUUCUUUUAAGAAAUAUAGUUGACAGGUUUGUAAAUGUUACACUUGUUUUCAGAUUUAGAUCUAAUGAACUCAGUUCAAAAAUGUAAAUCAUAAUGUAAGAAAACUCUGAAUUCUGUAGUUGGCAGGUAUUAUGUAUAGCACCUGUUUUAACCAUUUCUAUUCUUAUCUCUAGUAUAUCAGUUGAUCUCACUAAAAAAGCUUAAAGAUUGAGCAUUUGGAAUAAAUGAUCUUUCCAAAUGAUUCGAUUUUAAAAGGAACUGAGAUCAUUGUGUUGUGAUUUCAUCUGUGAUGUCAAAAAAUAUUAUCCCUGGUGCUUUUUUCCCCCUGAUACACAGAUAAUUAUAAACCCUUGAAAUGAACUGUAAAAUAGACAGUACAACCUGAUAAGAAUUCCAUGCAUUGCCAGUCAGAUAAAUUGUUAGAGCUUUAGCUUAAAGCUUAUAUUUAAAAAAAUUAUAUAGUUCUCAUAUGUAUACAACUGUUAAAAUUCUUCAAAAAAGACUCUCCCAACCUUAAAUCAUAUAUGAACUAGCUUUUAGAAAAUAAGCAUAUUAUGUGUUGGUUAAAGGUACCAGAUGCAAAAGUCAGAAAUACUAUAUAAUUACAUAAAUUCAUAUACUUAUGUGAAUGUCAAUGUAUUAUAUGGAGACAUAUCUUGUAAACAGUUGAAUGUACCUAAGCUUUCUGUAUGUGAAAAUGUGGUUAAUGUGCUCAUUGUGGGAGUAAGAAACUACUUUUAUUUUUUUAAGUGGAACUGAAUUAAAAUAUUUUAUUUCCAGAA